AUGGCCGAUGGAACGCAAUUUUAUGAAAUACUUAAAAUUGAUCGUGAUUCAUCGAAUUUUAAUUCUUUAUUUGAUAUAUUGCAAAAAGUUCAUUUAUCAAAUGGACAUGCAGGUCGCGAUCGUAUGAUGAAAGUAUUAAAAAGUCAAUAUCAAAAUGUUACAUACAGGGAUGUGCAAUUAUUUUUAAGUUUAUGCGAGACUUGUAUACAAAAACAAAAGAACAGUCAAAAGAAAGGACUUAUUGUUGAACCAAUGAUAUUUCAGGAUUUAAUAUCUGGAGUUCAUUUAGUAGCGGAUGAUAGUACGCCAGAGCAAUGUCAGGAAUUACAAACAAAAAUAAAUGAGUCAGGAAAUACAGAAGAUUUUAUUACAGUAAAAGAAGAAUGCAUUAGUUCAACAACAUCUACAAUGAGUCAGACUGAAAUAUCAUAUGGAAGGAAUUCAAAAUUGUCCCUACGAGAAAUUUUAACAAAUGAUAAUGAAUUUGAUGCAUUUGGUCGAAAUGUUUCACUUCAAUUACAACAAAUGCCACUAGCAGCUGCAUUAGAAACACAAGAAUUGAUUCAACGAAUUAUUCGACAAAAACGUGUAUCCAUAUUAACAAAUACUCAAGCUAUAACAAAUAUGAGUGACUGUGGCGAAAAUUAA